AGUUAAGUGAAACCAACCAACAUCAACCACCUUCUUGAAACUGUCAACAUUCAAAACCCAAACACAAACAACCACUAAAUUAUCUUUGUAUUGCUCAAAAUAACAAAAAAAGAAGGAAAGAAGAACAAACUUUCUUGCACUUUCUUUGCAGGAAUCAGAAGUCCAUAAUGCUUCAAAUGGGUCAGCCAGGGUUUCCUCCCCUUUUCAUAAUCCUGUUUGUCUUGUUCUAUUUUUGUUCCCUCUCCUUUUCUCAAUCAGAAACUCCACAAAACAUUAAUUCUUCAUCUGCAUAUAAUUCUCCAGUAGUAAGCCCAACACCUGGAAUUCUGAACGAUCUUCCAAUCUCUCCGGCACAAGUGCCAGUCAUAAAGGCAACUCGAUUGCUGGAUCGAAGAGUUGUUAAAGCUGUUGUGGCCACAGCUGCAAGUACCCUAGUUGUUGUUGGGAUUUUGUUCCUGUUCUUCUACAAAUUAACCUUAGCUCAACAAUAUCACAGAGAGAAAUUUGAUUCAAGUUUUCGUCGAGAAGAAACAGUGGUGGUGAGUCAUCAAGAGUUCAGAGAACAAGGAGGAACUCUGAAAGGACUAAUUGUUGAUGAGAAUGGGUUGGAUGUUCUUUAUUUGAGAAAACUUGAACAAAGACACCUCAUGAGUUGUUUCUCUAAAAUUUGGGUAAAUCCAAUUUCAAUGGAAGAAGAAGAAGAAGAAGAUGAAGAAGAAAAGAGGAUUUAUACUAGAGGAGAUAAACUCAAGAACUCUGAAAGAAUUCAGGAAAUCCCAUUGCUUCAUGAGCCAAGUAAUAUGGUUGACAUUGCCAAAGUGGCAAGACCAGCUCCACUUAUUCCUUCACCCAUUGUGACACCACCACAGCCAUUAUGCCCCCCUCAACCACAACCUCCUCAGCCUCCUCCACCACCACCACCUCCUCCACCACCAACUUCAGCAAAGAGAAAUCCUGCACCACCACCUCCACCACCUGGGACUGGUGGUUUGGUUUCAUCAAUGAAGCCCUCUCCUGUACCAAGGGGAAAGACAAGCAUCAUUAGUAGGGUAGAGGCUCCCAAUGGAGAAAGCACAAGAGGGAUGAAACUGAAGCCACUGCACUGGGACAAGGUUAUAGCCAAUGCUGAUCAUUCAGUGGUCUGGGAUGAGAUCAAUGAUGGAUCUUUCCGAUUUGAUGAUGAUCUUAUGGAAGCUCUAUUUGGAUACAAUGCCACCAAUCACAGACCUCCUGAAAACAGUAAAAUUUCAAGUUCAACUAGUUCCAGCUCUGUUCCACCUGCUCAAAUCUUCAUCCUUGAGCCUCGGAAAUCCCAAAACACAGCAAUAGUACUUAGAUCUCUUGCAGUACCUCGGAAAGAAAUCCUUGAUGCGCUCCUUGAGGGCCGAGGCCUUCAUUCUGAUAUACUCGAAAAACUUGCGAAAAUCUCCCCAACUCAAGAAGAAGUAUCCAAAAUCCUUCAAUUCAAUGGCAACCCAACAAAACUUCCUGAUGCUGAAUCUUUCCUCUACCACAUCCUGAAAGCUGUUCCCUCUGCAUUUAUCCGUUUCAAUGCAAUGCUUUUCCGGUCCAAUUAUGACUCUGAAAUCCUGCAUCUCAAGGAGUCUCUGCAAACCCUUGAAUUGGGUUGCAAGGAAUUACGAACUCGCGGCAUCUUCCAUAAACUUCUUGAAGCCAUUCUCAAGGCUGGUAACCGUAUGAAUGCAGGAACAGCUAGAGGCAAUGCACAAGGAUUUAACCUUGGAUCUCUUCGAAAACUUUCUUAUGUGAAAAGCACUGAUGGUAAGACUACUCUACUUCACUUUGUUGUGGAACAAGUUGUUCGAUCUGAGGGUGAACGUUGUGCCAUCAAUCAAAAUUAUAGCCUCGGAAGAAGGGAUAAUCAAAGUAGCAAUGAUACUGAUCCAAAUUUUGAUAGCCUCACAGCCAAGGAAGAGACAGACAGAGAGUACUUAGUGUUAGGAUUACCAAUAUUAGGAAGCUUGAGGGUGGAAUUCUCUCAUGUCAAGAAAGCAGCCACCAUUGACUAUGAUAGUUUCAUUAAUAUGUGCUCCAAUCUCACAACCAGGAUUGCUGAGAUUUGGCAGCUUUUGAUGAACUGUGGAAAUGGUGAAAGAGGUGGAUUUGUGAGAGAAAUGAAAGGAUUUUUAGAGGAAUGCGAAGAGGAGCUUAAGGUGGUGAGAGAGGAACAAACAAGGGUAAUGGAGCUCGUGAAUAAAACAACGGCAUAUUACCAAGCAGGAGCUUCCAAGGACAAAGGGGUACACCCACUUCAAUUGUUUGUUAUUGUGAAGGACUUUCUUGCUAUGGUUGAUCAAGUUUGUAUUGACAUCACAAGGAAGCUACAAAAGAGGAAUGUGACAAGUGUUGUAGGAUCGUCACCGCCGCCAUCACCGCCAACAAUGACUCCAGCGAGAUUCCAAAACUUCCAGUCAUAUUUUAUGCCAGAUAAGCCAGGGACAACAUCUUCUAGCGAAUCAGACGGUGAUUUCUGACGACAGCAAUGCUUAGUGCACUGAAAAAGCCGUACUGACAGUAUACUGAACUCUCACAGGUUGGUGGAGCACACGUUGCGGCAGCCAUCAACCUGAGAGAGGUCGGUCCAUUUUCGGUUUGCUUUUUUCAGUGCACAGAGACUUUUCCUUUCUGAUGUUAGAAUUCAGUAUAAAAUUAAUUAAUUCAGAAAAGCUUACAAGGGGAAGGAAUUAGCUUCAAAAUUUGGUGCACAAAUUUGAUCACCAUAUCAUUACUGUUCUGAAGAUAGGCAGUCAGAUCUCUGAACAUCACGACUCUUUGUUCUUAAUUUCACUGUGCCUUCCAGUUUUCACUCCACUGAAGUCAAACUGUGGUGGUCUAAUUGUGCUGAUAACAACCUUAUGUAACAUCCGCCUCUUAAUUAGCCAUUAAUUUUAUGGUUAAUCUUAAUUAUGUAUUUAUACGUGCAUUUUAUGUUUA